GGCCGGCUGCGGCCGCCGCCGCUGCUCGGCUCGGGUUUCCUCAGACUGCGUAACGCAGGGGCAGGGGGGUGUCUAAGCGGCGGCAACACUUGAAUUCUUGGCAAGCAUGAAAACUACUAUUUCUUGAGUAUCUUGCAGGAUAGUAUAUGUUCCAGGGAAAAGCUGUUUAUUCUGCAAAGCUCAGAAGAAUCUGCAUUCUCUUGGAUUUUAAAUAAAUAUAAAAUGAAAGUAGUUUAAAAUUUGGCGUCCAAAAUGAAUAUUGAAAAGUCAGAUGAAAAAGCAAAGAAUGGCUUCAAGUCUUCAUUACUUAUAAGGGAUGAAAAUGGAAACAACUGCAUGUGCAACAAAGCUAUACCUUGCUCAAAGAACUGUGCCGCCAAGAUGCAUACUAGUUCAACUGACCAAAGCAGAGUGACUGAGCAUGACUAUGACACCAAUGUUGAAGAUAAAAGUGACUUCAAAAGUAUUCCUUUAAAGCAGGAAUGUAUUGAAACACUUGAUCUACAGAAAACUCCUGGUGAGUGUAACUACUCAGGAGUUUUAUUGAGAGAUACAGAUACCACAUGCAAGUCAUCUGUGACUGAGCAGACUUGUGUGUAUGCUUUGAGCUGUGACACGAAUGAAACAACAAACUUUCUGAAAGAUAACCUUGCUAUGGCAAAAAUGCAAAAUUUGAAUCCUGAACAAUUGGUGCCUUAUAGUCAAACCGACUCUAACUGUGUAUUGCCUCUUCCUGCUUCAGAACAGAACCCGCAAUCCAUGAUGAAAGACAAGGUACACUGCCACCUGAGUGCAUUAGAUGCUGCUGAUAUAAUGGGUGGAACAGUGGGAACUGAUGAAAAUGAAGACGUGCAUCUGAGGGAAACACUAAUAUCUUCUGAUGAAGUAUAUAUAAGAGAGAGAUUUGAUAUAAUUAGCUCUGAAAAAACACCUAAUUUCUCUUCUGUGAUAGUGGCUUCACAAGGCCAUUCAGAGCUUGAGAUGCUUUGUCCUGCCUCUGCAGAUGUCAAACACUAUCUAAAAACCCCUGAUGAUAUUGAAAAGGAGCCACAGAAAGUGGAAAUGCAGUCCAUAAUACUACCCACUGAAUGUAUAGAUCCUCACAGGAGAGACUACUUAUCACCACACGUCAGUGUAUGUGAAAAUGAGCAAAAGAAAUCAUUACAGCAUACCCCUGAGCAUGAUAAAAUGGAACUUUGCCCUGCUGAAACACAGAGGGGUAGACCUGUAAGCAAGGCGCACCUUCUCCCAGUAGAUACUAUUGAUGGAAAACAAGUAUCAAUGAAAACAAGUGAACCUUUAACCAAAGAACAAAGUAUCCCUGGACAUGCUGCUUUUGGAGAUGCCAACAACAGGUCUUCCAUGUCUGAGAUGCUACUCUGCAGUAUACCAAAACCAGAGAGGACUGUUAAACCUGAACUGAAAUGUGAAACAACUUUUGUGGUCUUCAGUCCUAUGGCUGAUGAAAGCAGUUCUGUUCUUUGUACUUCAACCCCUAAAGAACGAUCGAAAAAUACAACUUUUUCUAUUUCAGCUAUGGCAGAAAUUGGAGACAAGGCUUCUAAACUAAUCCCCAAAGAAGUGUUUGUAGAAGAUCAUGAUAGAAGGCCUUUGCUUAAAGCUAGUUCAGGUCAAGUAGCAGGGAAAACGGUAGGCAGGUCUCCUAUUGUGUCAACAUUAACCAAAGCAAGGAAAUCUGAGAUUGUUAGUUUUCCCAAACCUAAUUUCAAAAAUGUUAAGCCAAAGGUUAUGUCCAGGCCUGUACUACCAUCAAGAGAGAGUGCCUCAUUAAAAGGAUCUCCACAAUCCCCCCAACUAUCUACUGUCUCCUCAUCUUCUCCAGUUGCUUCCCCGAGGCAAUUGUCUCCUUCCAUAAAAGUGCUGAAAAAGAAAAUAGAUCUAAGUAAAGAUACUGAAGUGGAAUUGCCUGUGAAUAAGCCCCACAAGCUACAUCUUAGCAAACAUCUCUUCACUAGCCAAGUUCUACGUGCCACAACUCAUUCCCGAACCACUUCCCACAAAGCUUCAAAGACACCUGCGCUAAAGGAGAAUCCGGAAGACAUUGGCAAAGCAAGCUCUUCCAAUUCAGCAUGCUCUUUGGUUUCUGCUGCACUUAUAGCAUGUGUAGAGAACUCAAAAAGAGUGCUGAAUGAUAAAAUGGAAAGUUCAAACUCUUUAAUGCAGCCCUGUGCUCAAAAUACCCGUCAGACUGGAGUUGAAAAAGAGCAGCAUGACAACAUGGGAAUUCUGGAAGCGGUAUUAAAAGAUGCAGCAAAUGAAACAUUUGACUUACAAUCUGUUCCUUUGAUAUCUUCUACAAAAGCUGGGCCACCACAAGGGAAGAAUACACCAAAGAGAGGCCCAAUCACACUUCGAAGUGCAUUAACUCCCAAGGCUAAAAUGGUGUCAUCUAUGAAGAGAGGAAAUGAAAACAUCUGCUCAGCUAGAGCACCUCCUAACAAAGGAACUCUUCUAUCAUCAAGCUCUGGUGUAGAAACCUUUCCCAGAGAGAAGCCUGCCUCCAUGAAAAAUUCUGCAGUCUCUUGGGCUGGCUCUGGUAAACCUCUACCUAAAUCCAAAGUGCCCAUCAAAAGGUCAGUGCUGGAGAGAACCCAUAGCAUCUCAUCAGUCAGUAGCACUCAGAGUGAGCGAAGUCUUCUCAGCAGUAAUUCUACAAACGCCACAAUAAUCAUCAAGAAUGGAGAAUGGUCUUCAAAAACAGCUUGUCAGAAUGGUACUUCUGGAUCUGUCCCUUUAAAAGCAGUACCGAGACCAAGAAUACACUCCUUGAAAACAACUCCAAAAGGAGCCAAGGCCAGAUCUGCUUCACUGAACCAGUGCCUACCAAAAUCAUCUGGGCCAUUGCACUCGGCAAGGAAAGUCAGUGAGGCUAGAAGCAAUCAGCUGUUGGGUACUCCUGGGAGAAAUGGACCCCAAAGCCUAUCUUCUUUUGGUUCUGUUGACAAGAGUAAGCAGCGGAGUCCAAAAAACUCAUGCAUACAGACACAGACCUCCACAGAUGUGCAUUCACACGGGACAAAAACAGCUGAAUUGGCACAAUAUAAAACAAAAUGUGAGAACCAAAGUGGAAUUAUCCUGCAGCUGAAGAAAUUCCUGUCAAGCAGUAACCAGAAGUUUGAAGCAUUAACAGUUGUGAUACAGCAUCUACAGUCUUUGAGGGAGGAAGCACUAAAACAGCAUAAAGAGUUAUCUCAAGAACUAGUUAACCUUCGAGGAGAGUUAGUAACCACUUCUGCAGCUUGUGAGAAAUUGGAGAGAGACAGGAUUGAGCUGCAAGCUGCUUAUGAAGGAUUUGUGCAGAAGUUAAAUCAGCAACAUCACAACGAUUUAGCUGAGCUGGAGGAGAGGCUAAAGCAGUUUUACACAGCAGAAUGCGAGAAACUCCAAAGCAUCUGCAUUGAAGAAGCUGAAAAGUACAAAGCGCAACUCCAAGAACAGGUUGACAACUUAAACAUCACGCAUGAAAACUUGAAGCUGGAACUUGAAAGCAGCCACUCAGAAAAAGUAGAGGAGCUGAAAAAGGAAUAUGAAUCUUCUUUUUCAGAGCUCAAGAGUGCCCAUGAAUCUGAAAGGAAGUCACUUCAAGAUUCCUUUAAAGAGAAGCAGGAAUUGCUAGAGAAAAAGAUCGAUGAAUUAAAAUGUGAAAAUGACUGUCUAAAUGAGAAGUUGAAAUUAGAAGAGCAAAAACAAAUAGCCAAAGAAAAAGCCAAUCUUAAAAACCCACAGAUAAUGUAUCUGGAACAGGAACUGGAAAGUUUGAAAGCAGUUCUGGAGAUCAAGAAUGAGAAACUGCAUCAGCAGGAUAUAAAACUAAUGAAGAUGGAAAAACUGGUGGAAAACAAUACAAUCUUAAUGGAUAAAUUGAAGAAGUUUCAGCAAGAAAAUGAAGAAUUAAAAGCUCGAAUGGACAAACACAUGGAACUUUCAAGGCAACUUUCUACUGAGCAGGCUGUUCUACAGGAGUCACUAGAAAAGGAAUCAAAAGUAAACAAGCGUCUGUCAAUGGAAAAUGAAGAACUCUUGUGGAAGCUGCACAAUGGCGACCUAUGCAGCCCAAGAAAACUGUCACCCAGUUCUCCAUCUGUGCCUCUCCAGUCCCCACGAAAUUCUGGUAACUUCUCUAGUCCUACAGCAUCGCCAAGAUGACAUCUCUUGAGACAGAGGCAACUGCAUUUCAUUUAUGAUCUGCAGAACUGACCUGAACUUUAAUCACAGGACCGAGAGCUAUAUUAGCUGAGUAUGAUGACUAAACAUAACUGGAAACUAUUUGGUGCAAAAACAGCUAUAAGAGACAGAGACUAUGGGAGUAAGACACUCGUGUUGUUCCUCCCCAAAAGACUUGAUUAUGACCUCUAUGGACAUUGUUGCACAAAGCACUUACGGAGCAAGGAAGUCUUGUUCAUUGCCUUUUCACCUAACUAUAAGAAAAAGCUCAGGGGCUUAGAGAUAAAGAUCACAACAUUUAUAAUAUGUUCCUUAUCACAGACACUUUUUUAAGGCUGUGUGUAUGCGUGUGUGUGUGCUGUGAAUGGAAUGGAUGUAACACACUGUGUGUGUGUGUGUCUAAUGCUGCCUUCUUUGCUGUGUAUGUAAUAAAGGAUAAAAGCUGACGACUAUACAUUGACAUGUACGUCCUUAAUAAUGUCAGUAUGCAUGCUUUUAGCAAAGACUACCCUUACCCAGAAUGGAAGAGAAACUGGCAUUAGUACUAUAGGUUACUUUUCUCCCUCUUUCUGGUUUCAGUUCAGUACAAGAAUAGCAUGAAAAGCUUUGUCAAUUGACUUGCUGGUGGCCUAUUUCAGUAUGCAAUUUUGAAUGAAUUUUAAAAACAAAGUUGAAUCACAGUCAUAUUGUGCAUGGAUUAUUUAAUAUCCACACACAACUGUCAGUUAUGAUUUUUGGUUUUUUGCAGGACACAGUUAUCUUGGCUUUUAAGUCAGCAGUCACAGUCAGAAUUAUAAGUAGGGUCACCUUUAUAGUCAGACCUUGGAAACUAAUAGUUGCAGGUUUAUAUGCCUAGACCUAUCCUUUUAUCUGCUGAAAAGAAUUACUUAUUUCCCAAGGACAGCAUUUUAAUUGCAGAGGCCAUCUGCUGAGGAAACAAGAUGCAAGUUAGAAAGCUAAAGGAAAAAAGGUAAUAAUUGUCUUUAGGUGCAUUCUUAACACAAUUCUCAACAAAGAUCUUUACGUAAAUAAUUUGUGAAUACCGAUUCAUUUGGUGACAACAUUUUACUUUUCAAGUCUUAGUACUUUUAUUAACAUUCAUCAGGGUUGGCUAAAUCGCUCUGAGUCGGAAGAUGGUAUCUGGAUGUAGAUAACUUGCCAGUUUUGCCAUAUCUUCCCCCACAGACUGCAGAAUAUCAGUUUUUUCUUAGUUCAUUUGUCAAAAGAUCCUGCACAAGAUAUCCUGCAAAAUAGGAAAAAAGCCUGUCCCUACUGCUUAAGCUGGAGGAUAAGGGUGUCAGAAUUUCAUGAAAUGUGCUGUGCUUUAAGUUUAAAUAAGGUAAUGACAGAGCCUUGAUACUCCCUUGGUCAGACCUGUUUAAGAUCUCUACAUCGUAUCUACUAAACAUAGGUUCAACCUCCAGUUAGUAUUACAAAACACUAUUAGUGCUUACAUUAGCUUGUUUUUCAAAGUACCAUGAAGUACCAUUUUCAUGACCCCUGCUCUACUACUGUAUAGCUAAUGCUGUUAUCUAGCUAUGAAGUUAACUCCUUUGGAACACUGUAUCUUCUAAGCUUCCCUGUGUUUUCCAGUAGCUUGGGAACCUUGAACCUAGGGGAUGGAAAGAGUUUAGGGAACUAAAGUGGAGAAGCACUUCAAACCAUUUUACCCAAGACUUGAAAAAUCUUGGCACUUCACUGAGGAACACAGACAAGACUCGAACAGUACUCGUUCUGUAAGUAAACUUGUAAUGUACUUCAAAAUGUGACUAAUCAUUACAUUUACCUAAUUCUAAAUAAUGUACAGGUUAAGGUGCCCUUUCUAUGGAACAUUUUACUCUGUAUCCCCUUGAAGGCACUGUACAUGCCACUGUUAGUGGUGUCAGGACUUAAUCUGUGUUCCAGGGAUCUCAGAUUCAACUAUGAAAAUUCUCUGUGGGCUGAAACUUGGCUUAAAGCAUAUCUUGGAACAUUCUUUUAUUUUCUGUGGUCAAAUCUCUUUGACACAUGUAUUUGAGCUGAAUGCUUAAAAAAUAAACUUUUUGUACUGCUUAAA